GGAAAUGCACUUCCGUUUGGUCACCGGAAGUUGCUUGCAAUUGCGGAAGUUGGAGAUGGACAAGUUUUGCGAGGACAGGGUGAAAGUGCCGUUUGGGAGCAAGUUUCUGGACGCGGCCUUGUGCGUCCCAGCCUCCUCACGUGAGCGUCAGGCCACCACAGGAGUCAUCCUCACCCACGGUGCUGGAGGAGACAUGAACUUUAAACAUCUCAUUUCCCUGGCACAUGCUUUGGCUGCAAAUGGCUUCCUGUGCCUGCGUUUCACCUGCAAAGGUUUGAACCUCGCACAUCGAGUCAAGGCUUACCGUGCAGCGUGGCUCUACUUCAAAACAUUGCAGAGUUUGAAGCACAUCUUCUUGGGAGGCCGCUCCAUGGGCUGCCGUGCUGCUGCCGCUCUGGCCAAGCAGCUCAGUGAGGAACAGGACGGUGCUGUUCAGGGAGUCAUCUGCCUGUCCUUCCCUCUGCACCCCCCAGGCCGCUCUCCUGCCCAUCGACAGCGGAGUGAGGAUCUCAGGGGGCUUCCUGCAAACACAUCUGUCCUCUUCGUGUCGGGCACAGAGGACAACAUGUGCGACAGGGUUCUUUUUGACGGCACGGUGAAGGCCAUGAAGGCUCAAGCGGAGGUUUUCUGGCUGAACGGAGGAAGCCACGGCCUGAAGGUGCCGGGGCGGUUGGAGGAGGCGGUCUUACAGGAGGUCAACUCUCACGUCCUCACCUGGCUGAGUAAAUGGGAACUUUGAUGUUGUCGGGUCAUGUAAUAAAUGUAGGGAUCAAUCAAUCAAA